AUGUCAGCUAUUGACUCAAACAUACACAUACUUGGAAAAUCUGGAGCUAUAAAGUAUUUAGUGGAGUUGUUAGAUGAGGGACAUCCUUUAAGCAUGAAUGACGCUGCUUCAGCUUUGUUCAAACUGUGUUUGGCCUAUGAUAAUAAAGCGAGGACUGUGAGAGAGGUUACAGUGCAGGUUAUUUUUGGGAAGAUCGUUGACAAGAGUUUUGAUCGAGCAUUGAUUGAGAGGUGGUUAAACGAGGUCCAUAGAAUUUUCCAUGAGACCCAGCAAGUCCUCUCUCACUGCAUCCUCACUCCGAAUUGCUUGCUCCAAGGCAUGAUUUGCAAGUGGUGCAAAGACCACAAUGUUGACCCAUCAAAGCCGUUUGGGAUGAAAUCCACGACGACCGAGUCACCAACGCACACAGACACCUUAGAAAAGCAAAGCCCUGCGUUCCGAAUGCUUUUUGCCGAUGCAGAAGCGAUUCACCUUUUGCUGAGUCCGUUAUCCCCCGGCACGCCUUCCGUGGAGCUCGAGCUCCACGAGGACUUGAUCACAACUCUCCUAAACCUCUCAAUUCACGACGACAACAAAAGAGCGUUAGCUAAAAACGAAAAAGUGGUUUCCCUGAUUGUUGAUUCGUUGAAAAUGGGAACAGUCCAAACAAGAAGCAAUGCAACUGCAGAGGUGUUUUCAAUGUCAUCUAUUUACUCAAACAGACACAUACUUGGAAAAUCUGAAGCUAUAAAGUAUCUAGUGGACUUGCUAGACGAGGGGCAUCCUUUAAGCAUGAAUGACGCUGCUUCAGCUUUGUUCAAAUUGUGUUUGGCCUGUGAGAAUAAAGCGAGGACUGUGAGAGAGGGUGCAGUGCAGGUUAUUCUUGGAAAGAUUGUUGACAAGGUCAUGGUUGAUGAGUUGGUGUCACUACUUGUGUUGCUCGCUAAGCAUUCCAAGGCUGUUGAGGCAUUGGUGAGUCAUGGUGUUGUACUCUACUUGCUUGAUAUCGUCAAGGAAACCACGUCAGAACGCGUCAAGGAAAAUUGUGUUGGGAUUCUGUGCACGGUGUGUUGCAAUCAUAGAGAGAAAAUGUUAAAAUAUGAUAAAACUUCUAGAAUAAUCUAG